GGGGGAAUCUCUCUCCUCUCUGUGUCUCUCUCCUUUCCGAUGAGUUCUUAUUUUGUCAACUCGACCUUCCCGGUGAGCCUGGCGGCGGGGCAGGAGCCCUUCCUGGGACAGCUCCCGCUCUACCCCUCGGGCUACGCGGACCCUUUGCGGCACUACCCGGGCACCUAUGGAGCCGCGCAGGACAAGGGCUACUCCUCCUCCUCCUCCUCCUCCUCUCCUUACUACCAGCAGAGCUCCGCGGCGUUCGGCGGCCGCGCCUCCGCCUGCGACUACGGCCCCGGCGGCUUUUUCAGGGACAAGGAGCCGGCGUGCGCCCCUCCCAGCCUGGACCAGGUGCCCUCCUUCGGCGCCGAGGCGCGCAAGGACUGCGCGCACGGCAAAAGCGCCUUCGGAGAGAGCGAGGAGCAAAAGUGUUCCGCGCCGGUUUACCCCUGGAUGCAGCGGAUGAACUCUUGCAAUAGUUCAUCCUUCGGGCCGAGCGGCCGGCGGGGCCGCCAGACCUACACGCGCUACCAGACGCUGGAGCUGGAGAAGGAAUUUCACUUCAACCGCUACCUGACCCGGCGGCGCCGCAUCGAGAUCGCGCACUCGCUGUGCCUGAGCGAGCGCCAGAUCAAAAUCUGGUUCCAGAACCGCCGCAUGAAGUGGAAAAAGGAGAACAAACUGCUCAGCUCCGCGCAGCUCAGCGCCGAGGAGGAGGAGGAGAAAGCGGCCGAGUGA